GUUGGGCCGGACUGGACAGUGGAUUCCAUCAUUCUUCAAAUUGCUUCUCCCCUAUAAAUUAGACACCGGCCGGCCACCCAAUACCCAAAAUCUCACCUUCAUCCACAAUCACGAAACAAAAAUAACGGAGAGAUUAAUUGAACGUAGCUAUGGUGAGAUACAUCCUACUGCUCCUCUGUUUGUUCAUCAUCACGUUAGCCAGCGGGCAGAACUGCGGCAGUCAAGCCGGGGGCAGCAGCUGCGCCGGUAACCUGUGUUGCAGCCAAUGGGGCUACUGUGGAAUCACCGAUGAUCACUGCAACCCUUCCAAAAACUGCCAAAGCAACUGCAGCCCAGGUGGUGGCGGCGGUGGCGGUGGCGGUGGCAAGAGUGCUUCUAAUGUCCGGUCAACCUAUCAUUUGUACAACCCUGAGCAGAAUGGGUGGAGCUUGACCGCAGUCAGCGCGUAUUGCUCGACCUGGGACGCCGACAAGCCCUUGUCCUGGCGCCAGAAGUACGGUUGGACCGCGUUUUGUGGGCCGGGUGGACCGCACGGCCAGGCUUCUUGUGGCCGCUGCUUGAGUGUGACGAACAAGGGAACGGGCGCCCAAGAAACGGUGAGGAUCGUGGACCAGUGUAGCAACGGAGGGCUGGAUCUGGACGUUGGUGUUUUCAGGCGGCUUGACACUGAUGGAAGAGGGAACGAUCAAGGCCACCUCAUGGUUGACUACAAGUUCGUCGACUGUGGAGACUAAGUAAUUUGACCUGUUCAUCUAUAUAUGUACAUUAUUGCAAACAUAGAUGCAUGCUGCGGUAAGAAAUAAAAGAACGAUUACAAAAUAAAAUAAGCAUGGUAGCCG